UCAAAUUGACUUGUUGGGGCUAUCAGCUGGUAAGGUAGAAAUCCCAAAGUUAACUCUUAUCCCGGUUCUCUCCGCGUUGAACUACGCCAUGGAGUUUUCGCUUACGAUUUGAACCAGAGAGGGACCAUGGAACAGCCUGGUCCUGCGUCAGAUACACACAUGAUGGACGAAUCAGAGGUUGAGUCGGUGUCAGAGGGGAAUCGGCCUCACAACAGCACAUCUGACGUAAAAGAAGAGGAACAAAUCUUUCACGACACUGCAGAUGUGGCAGAAAAGUGCAGUCAGGCAGAAGACGAAGCAGAGCCUGACAGUGAAUUACUCAAUACUGCGACAGAUGUACCGACAGACAUAAAGACAAAGUCGGAAUCUCAAACAUGCAGUCGGGAGCAUGAAGAUGGGAGUGAGCUGGAUGCUGAUGACAGCUGUGAUAGAAGUGCAGUUGCCAUGGAUGGCGGGAUACCUUCACUUUCCGAUGAGGCUGGAGGAGCUUUGAUAGCCCCCGUAACCACUUUGGAUGAUGUGGUAGAAAGCUCUCCUCCUGUUCUUGAAGGAACAAUUGUAACCAUAUUGACCUUUGAUGAAGUGAAGGUUUCUCAUGCCACCACUCCAAACGGCAACGAGCAGCCAUCGGUCUUGAUUAGAAGUUGUUCCACAGAUCCAUCGCCUGCCGAUGAUAGUGGUUCAGCUGAGAGUCCGUCAUCCUUUUCUUCCCAAAGUGCUUCCAAAAACUCCUCUACCGACUCCACAGCCACCUCCGGGUUCUGUAAUGGCCCUUCUACUCCCAGUUCCGACACCGUCGGCUCCUCCCUUGCGUCCAGCCCACAAACCGAUGCCGACACCUCAGCCCCCUCACAUCCAUUGUUGAGUCCGUAUGACACCGAUUGCAGCCGAAAGCUUAUCUCCCAAAUCCAGCGCUCGCUGUCACAGGAGUCGCUGCUGGAUGAGCUGGAGUCAGAGCUGUUGGCUUGUCAGCUGCCUCGGGGGGAAAGCGGAGGGGAGACGAAAAGGAGCGCACCCGUCAACGGUCUCCCGACAGACCAAGAGGACUGCAUUAUGGUCUUUGAGAAGUGUGUGCAAUACAAGUAUGCACAGCAGGAGAAGUCCAUUCAUAGGCUGCUUGAGGAGAACAAGAGGCACCAGGAACUGAUCCUGGGUAUCUGUUCAGAGAAGGACAACAUGAGGGAAGAGCUGAAAAAGAGGGCAGAGACGGAAAAGCAACACAUGGCCACCAUUAAAAAGUUGGAGGGCAGGGUGGAGGAGCUGCUGAAAGAACUUAAGGAGUCGCGGGAUAAAUUGAUUCAUCAGGACCAGGCAGCAAAGGCCGCCCUCCAGCAGAUGCAGAAGGAAGUGUCCUACAGGCUGGAACAGGUGGGCAAGAAGUGUGACGAGGCACGCCAAGAGAAGGAUGCCAUGGUGAUGAAAUAUGUGCGGGGGGAGAAGGAGGCCCUGGACCUGAGGCGAGAUAAGGAGGGUUUGGAGAAGAGGCUGAGGGAAGCCACCAAGGAGGUCGACCGCCAGGCCCUCCGAGGAAACCAGCUGGCUCAGGAUAAAGGUCGUCUGCAGCAGCUGUACGAUGCGAAGGAAGGCGAGGUGAGCCGGUUGACUCGAGAGGUGGAAAGGUUGAAGGAGGAGAUCAACUCGCAUCUCAUCAAGGUGAAAUGGGCCCAGAACAAACUGAAGAGUGAGGCGGAUGCACACAAGGAAACGAAAGACAAACUGAGAGACACCUCUUCCAAGUUGGCGCAGGCCAAAGAAGAGACUGAACAGAUCCGCAAGAACUGCCAGGACAUGAUCCGAACAUACCAGGAAUCGGAGGAACUCAAGUCCAACGAGCUGGAUGCUAAACUGAGGGCGACCAAAGUAGAGCUGGAGAAACACAAGCAGGAACAAACACAACAAUUAGAGGUGCACCGAGUGAAGGCCAAAGAGCUGGAUGACCUGAAAAGGAGUUACAAAGAGGGCAUGGAUGAGCUCAUUACUCUACGAACCAAGUUAAAGUGUCUAGAAGACGAGCGUCCACGCUGGGAGGACGAGCUCAACAAGUACAGGGAGAUCAUGAACCGGCAGAAGGCAGAGAUCGGGCGGCAGAGAGAAAAGCUGGAAGAGAUCACUGCGCUCCAGGAGCAGCACGAACGUGAUAAACAGGAGGUCGCGUCUCUUCGUGAGGAAGUGGACGGCCUGUCCAGCCAGAUGGUUGACCUCCAGCGCGACGUACAAGGCAGCAGAGAGCGUGAGGCCGAGUUACUGGGCUUCACCGAGAAGCUGAGCAGCAAGAACGCACAGCUCCAGUCAGAGAGCAACUCGCUGCAGUGUCAGUUGGACCAGCUCAACGGUAGCUUCACAGAGCUCCAAGCCAAGCUGGAGGAGACCAACCGGCUGCUAGAUGACAAGUCACGGCUGCUGAAACAGGAGGAGGUGCUGAGGCAGCAGGAGGUGCAGGGCCUGCAGGAGGAGCGGGCAGCAUUGCAGACAGAAGUGGCGCAGCUAAAAACCAGAGUUGAAGACCUGAGGGAUGAGCUGGUGACUCAGAAACGGAAACAAGCUGCCAGCAUCAAAGACCUCACAAAACAACUAACACAAGCCCGUAAGAGACUGGACCAGGUUGACAAUGGAGGCUGCGACCGGGAUGCCAGCAGUAUGGGCAGUCGCUCAAGUUCCUCAGGUACUGCUCCUGGAUUUGGCUCCUUGAAUGUCCGCCAUGGUGGGAGCAGCGGCGUUGAGGAGCGGUCACCAGAGAGCCAGUCCGGUCCCUCGGUGGUGGUGGUGGACAGCUUCCCAGAGGUGGACAAGACCGUGCUCGUGGACCGCAUUGUCCGUCUGCAGAAGGCCCUGGCUCGCAAGCAGGAGAAAAUCGAGUUCAUGGAGGAUCACAUCAAGCAACUUGUGGAGGAGAUCCGCAAAAAGACCAAAAUUAUCCAGAGCUACGUGCUAAGAGAGGAGACGGGGGCCCUCUCAUCGGAGGCGUCAGACAUUAACAAAGCCAAUCUGAGCCGGCGGGGAGGCAUCAUGGCUUCACUUUACACCUCCCACCCGGCGGACAGCGGGCUGACCCUGGACCUGUCACUGGAGAUCAACAGGAAGCUGCAGGCUGUGUUGGAGGACACACUGCUGAAGAACAUCACUCUGAAGGAGAAUCUGCAGACUCUGGGGUCCGAGAUCGAGAGGCUCAUAAAGCAGCACAGAGAACCUGAGGAUGGAGUAAGGAGGAAGUGACAAAACCAGGAAGGAGGAAGUAGGAAGUAAAGGACCAAUAACUACUUAAGGAACCCCCCCAACCAAGCAUUUUUGAAGGGACGGGAAAAUGUAAGACAUACACACACGGUCAUUGUCCCAACACACGAAGGAGCAAAUAGAAUGUUGCCAGCUGCCAGUAGCACCUCAGGCUGCUUUUUGGAGGACCUCUUCAACUCUGUCCAUUCGGAGAAGGUGUCUGAACUUACUUGAUACUGUUGUUGUUGUUAUUCCAUCCACAUUGUACCGCCUCCGCCAACACAACAGCUCUUCCUCUGGCUAACGUCCGUCUCCCCCGGAGCCUUGCCAAGAUAAAACUCUUCAGGCUAGUUGCUUCAAGCUUGAAAGUCGAAACUGUCUUGUCAACUAAUUGAUGCCAUAAUUAUGAAUGUAUAGCAAAGUGACAAAUGCUGAUUUGCCAAUUAAUUCAUCCUAUAAAAAAAAGACAUUUGUCCCCUCACAGCUCUGUCCACAAGUACAGCAAGUCUUACUGAAAUAAGACGAUCGUCGGCCAGCAUGCUCUCUCUGCUUCUUUCCUGAUGUUCGUCUGCCAAUAAGCCAAAUGUAUUUUUGAAAAGCUGCUUCUUCACCCCGACAAUGCAGCGCUCCACGAAGUAAAAGUGAAAAAACAGCAACACAUCAGCCCUGGCUUUGUUGGGGAUCUUGUGUGCCACGUGGGCAUUUUUCAUCAACUUUUGCGCUGCACAGCACUUACGACCCGAGCCGGUGAAGCUUCAGCAGACGCACCCGUCUGUGUGACACCGGCGCUCGACCGACGGAAGCGGACUGCUUUCUUUGCAAUGUUUAAUGCAGCCAACAGCACUAUGCUAUCAGCGUGGACGUAUCCUCAUGUUAAGCUGUGUAAGAAAAUCUAUGACAAGUAUAAUAUGAUGUUACGGUUGAAAUGUAGAGCUGGUCUUGAGUUUGGCCAUUUUGAAUGUGAUUUUUCUUUCUUUUCUUGUUUGCUUAAAAUUAGAGUUUUAUUUGUCUGGUUAUCCAUUUUUAUUUUAUUUUAUCAUGCAUAUUCACUUUUAAUUUAAAAUAACAAAUACCUAGAAUAUUGUUGCCUUUCCUUCACUAAUCUGUAUGAUUAGUACCAACGGCUUCUCUUAAUCAGACAUGAGCACCUACAGCUGUUUGUAGAGGUUUGGUAGCAUCAGUAGCAAAGCGUGGACACAGAGAUAAUAACUUUCUUUGCACCGUGUGCACAAUAUGAUCUGGUGAGAGGAAAAAGACAUCGACGUUCGGGUUCUAAUAUCACACUUCUUCUUUCUUUUUCCCCGUGUCACUUAGUCUGUUGAAGUAAAUCAAGUGUAGAAGAAUCAAACUGACAGGAGAUCUGUAGCUGUAGCUCAGGAAAGCCAAUGGAACCUACAGAAAUAUAUCCAGGGACAAAGUGCAAUGCUGUUCCUUUCAUUGAUUUUAUUUGAACAAUGUCUGUUGUCUUUUUGUUUUGUUCCGAAUGUGUUUGUGCACCAGUAUACUGUUUUAUAUGGAUUUUUUUAUGCUUGCGUAUGUGCAACAUCCGACUGUGCAGGUGUUUGAAUAUUUAGUGUCCAACCUGUGUGUGAGAGUCUGCGUGCAUGUCUGCCUUUUUUAUAACCUCUCAAGCUGUUGUGUUUACACCUUGUGUACAUGCUUCAGCUGCUGGCGCUUAUAGGAUUCCACCAGACUGACCAUGAAGUUUGUUUCAUCCAGAGGAGUACUGGUACGCUUGAUUUGCGUUUAGAGCAGAGUUGGUCAGACACACACCCACACACACACCCCUACCCCUCUGCAGCGUCUGUCUCUCAUUCACAGAUGUUCAGCACACACAGUAUGAAGGGUAUGGAGCAGGCAAUGAGCUUGAUUCAACAAUACAAAAGUUUGCGUGGUCUUUAUUUGAUCUGAUUUCAGAAGCUGUCGCAGAGCAUAAGCCUCCAUCUCUUUUAUGGGUCAUGAAUGAUUGCAGGUUGAUUUCCCCCCCCCCCCCCUCCCAUACACCCCGAGGCUAUGUUGAAACGGCCCACUAUGUGAAUAGAGAUGAACGUUUCCCUGUUUGAAGUCAUGAAGUCCGUAAUGCCUCGCUCGGCGUUUGAUGUUCCUGUGCUUUUAUUUCAUCCGAACUGAUUUCUUCGCGAGGCGGGAUCAGCAUGUAAACGUACGGACGGCACACCUGGAGAUUACGUCUUGAUUCUCCUUGAUAUUGAAAUUUAGCAACCUUUUAACCUCCCAAAAGGAUGCGGUUCUAUCACUUGACAUUUAGGGUUUCUGUUUCUUGCAUCUUAAACAGCGCGACAAUGAGCUGCUUGCUGCUGAAUAGGCGAAAAUCGUUUUGUUGCUUUACAGUCAUUUUCAAAGUAAAAUCCAACCUAUGCAAAACAUUGCAUAGAACGUCCUCAUUAAUCCUCAGAGGCACGCUAACUCACUUCUUCUGUGUUGGUCACAGCGUGUCUCCUGCAAGAGUCAUGCGGAUCCAAGAUUUCACAUAUUUCCACAGCCUUUAAAAAGGGAAGCCAUGCUGUAGCAUUGUGCGAAUAAACGAAUCACGUUUCACUAUACGGAUACGAUGAAAUGGAGUUCAGUGUGUUUGUGUCAAAAUGUGAGAUUUAAAUUAGAAGUUUGUCAUUUUUCCUCCUGCUGUGCAAUGAUAUGAUUCCCCGCCCUGUUUAGUGGAAUAUUCAAAUUGUGAUUAUAAUAUACAUUUGUAAAUAUGUCAUUCUGUAUAAUGAUUAUGAGAUGUUUUUAAAAAUGCUGAUUCUGGAUUGUUUGUAUAUAUGGUGUUUCCAGGGAAUAAAAAGAGAUGAGUUGUGGCUUUCUCUUGAAUGUGCCACAGUG